AUGCAUGCACAUUUUGCUCAACCGAUUCAGGCAGCAGCAGCAGCCGCUGUAGCAGCAGCAAUGGCAGUUUCGAACACUUCAUCAACUUCGUCAACAUCCGAAGCACAUGUUUCGACACCAGUUCAUCACACUGCAACGAAAGCUGAAUGGAUGGAAGCGAUUGAACAACAACGCUUAGAACGUUCGACAUUGAAUAGACUGAUUAUCAAUUAUCUUGUCACAGAAGGAUUUAAAGAAGCUGCAGAGAAAUUCGCCGAAGAAGCUGGAAUUUCAUUGAAUAACGUUGAUUUAACUUCAUUGGACGAACGUUUAAGAAUUCGCGAAGCAAUUGAAAGUGGAAGAAUUCAAGAUGCAAUUAAUUUAAUCAACACUAAAGCACCCGAGUUGCUCGAUCAAAAUCGUCAAUUAGCAUUCCAUUUAAAACAACAACAUUUAAUUGAAUUAAUACGUUCGAAUUUGAUUGAUGACGCUUUGACCUAUGCUCAAAUUCAUCUGGCUGAAUUUGCUGAAGAAGAAAUCAAAAUGCGUCAAGAAUUAGAAAAAACCAUGGCAUUAUUAGUUUUCGAUAAACCAUUAGAAUCUCCUUAUGGUUAUCUAAUGCAAAUAUCCCAUCGACAACAAGUUGCCAAUGAAAUCAAUAGUGCACUACUGAUUUAUCAAAAUGACGAAUCGGAAUCGGAUUUAUCCAUGUUAGUUCGGAUGGCAACUUAUAUGCAAGACAAAUUAGAUCAAAAANAAAUCAAAAUGCGUCAAGAAUUAGAAAAAACCAUGGCAUUAUUAGUUUUCGAUAAACCAUUAGAAUCUCCUUAUGGUUAUCUAAUGCAAAUAUCCCAUCGACAACAAGUUGCCAAUGAAAUCAAUAGUGCACUACUGAUUUAUCAAAAUGACGAAUCGGAAUCGGAUUUAUCCAUGUUAGUUCGGAUGGCAACUUAUAUGCAAGACAAAUUAGAUCAAAAACAACUACGUUAUCCCAAAUUGAUCGAUAUCGCUGGAGGGAAAUUGGAGGAUUCGUAA